AUCCUUAGUUCAUUUAUAGUGGCCGAGCGCGUCUCCUGUUCCCCCCGCCGCCCCGGUAUCUGCCGUCGCGCAUCUCGCCGCUCGCUGGCGGCACGGAGGAGGCUCGGAUGCGCCUGAGGGUCCUGUUCGCGCGUGACAGCGGCGGACCCGGGAUUAGUGGACACUAGUGACGUCCGCUGCGAAUGGCUUCCCGUCGGAGCGCAGCCGAGACACUCGGGAACGGGGCAAACGGAGACACCAUGUGCACCUUGAUGUCUCUUUGUGACCCGCGUCAGUGAUUUUAUUAUCACUGAUCCACAGCCUCUGCAUUGGUUGUCAUUUCGCGCGACCCUCGUCCAGAGAGGAGUUCUGGGUACCUUCAUGGCGGGGGAGAAGGGCCGUCGCAGCGCCAUGGAUAUCAAGCGCCUAGCGGGCCUCCUGCAGCGUGGAGCCGGGCGAUUGCUGGUCAUCGACAGUCGGACUUUCUCAGAGUACAACGCCUCGCAUGUGCACGGCGCUGUCAACGUCUGCUGCUCCAAACUGGUCAAGAGGAGGCUUCAGCAGGACAAGGUGUCAGUUACCGAGCUCCUCCAGCCCAACGGAAAGGUCAAGGUGGACCUGGGCCGCAGGCAGGAGGUGGUGGUGUACGAUCAGAGCACGAAAGACGCCGGGCAGCUUCCCAAAGACAGCUUCGUCCACAUCCUCCUGAGCAAGCUGGACGGCUCCUUCCACAGGGUGUCUCUGCUCACAGGUGGUUUUGCAGCAUUCUCUUCCUGUUUCCCAGGCCUGUGUGAAGGCAAGCCAGUGGCCACUCUGCCUAUGAGUUUGUCUCAGCCAUGUCUGCCUGUUGCAAACGUUGGUCCCACACGAAUCCUGCCCCAUCUCUACCUGGGCUCCCAAAAAGAUGUUCUCAACAAGGAUCUGAUGGCUCAAAACGGCAUCACAUAUGUUUUAAAUGCAAGCAACACCUGCCCAAAACCAGAGUUCAUCUCCGAAAGCCAUUUCAUGCGCAUUCCUGUCAAUGACAACUACUGUGAAAAACUCCUGCCAUGGCUAGACAAAACCAACGAGUUUAUUGACAAAGCCAAGGUUUCCAACUGUCGAGUCAUUGUCCAUUGUUUAGCCGGCAUCUCUAGGUCUGCUACCAUCGCCAUUGCUUAUAUCAUGAAGACAAUGGGCUUGUCAUCAGAUGACGCGUACAGGUUUGUGAAGGACCGCAGGCCUUCAAUAUCACCCAACUUCAACUUCCUGGGACAACUGCUGGAGUUUGAGAAAGGCCUGAGAUUGCUAAAGGCGCUAUCCUCAGGUCAGGAGAAGUUGGAGCAGUUGAAGGAAUUGUCAGAACCUAGAGGAGAAUCUUCCAGUGAUCCUGAAAAGGGUCGUUUGGAGGCUGAGAAGGACGGCACAGAAUUAGACACCAAGCUACCUUCUCCAACCUCACUCCAGCAGGGCUUUAAUGGCUUGAAUCUGUCAGCAGAGCGUAUUCUAGACACCAACCGGCUGAAGCGCUCUUUCUCGCUUGACAUCAAAUCGGUCACUGAGCCCAACCACUGCCCUCGCCUCACGCCUGCGCAUACCGAAGAUGUUCCCAAACUCUGCAAGCUGGACAGCCCAGAGGCCGGAGAUGCCAAUGGCGUAUGCCAGUACUCACCUGUCAGCCCCAGUUUAGCUGAAUCUACAGGCCUCUUUCCUGAGAGCAGCUCUCGACCUCGUUCGCGGAGGAAAAGCAAGCACAAUGGUAGCAGCGCUGGAAGUUCUCCUGUGCACUCGCACUUCGGACACUCACUCCCCGCACACAAAAGUCCCAGUCUUGAAGACAAUCUGAAGCCCUCCCUGCUGCUCAGCCUUCCCACUGUGGGCACCGGGCCCAUGUGGACCAAGCAUAGAGACACCGUACAAGCCACGACCCCCGUUACUCCAACAGGCGAUGCCCCUUGGUUCUACAGCUCGGAGUCAAUGAACAGUAACGGCGGUGGAGGAGGAGCGGUACACUUUCCUGCACUGGGAUGCAGCAGCCUUCCUGGCCCAUGCGAGGCUGUGCGACUGCGGGAGAAGGUGGGGGAGCCGCGGGACUCGAGGGGCAGCUGGCACGAGGAUGCCCCCACUUCCAGUGCUGCCGAUAAGCAGUUCAAGCGGCGCAGCUGUCAGAUGGAGUUUGAGGAGGGCAUAUCGGAGGCGCGUUAGGAGGAACUGGGAAAGAUCAGCAAACAGUCCAGCUUCUCUGGAAGCAUGGAAAUCAUUGAAGUAUCCUGACAUCACCUGCACAGCCACUGGGGACUUUAACGCACAGACGGACAGGCGCCACUUAUGAGCAACGAAGACUAAGAGUGGACCUGACAAGGCUGUGGAACAUUCAUAUUAGUUCAUAGACUUGUCAAUAAUGCCUAGUUCUCAGAAACUGGACUUUUUUUGUUGUCUUUUUAAACCGGUGGAACCGGACGCAGAUUGACUUUGCUUUGUCUUUCUACUGUUUUAAGCCAUAGCCAUCCCCAGAUGACAACGAGCUGAGACUGCGGUGGCAGAAUCCCUCGUUUCCUCACUCUAGAAACAGUCCACCCUAUUCCUCAUAAAAGCUUUACCCAGCCUUUUGGUGUAUUGAGAAUCAAGCAUGGCUGUUACGCUCACACUUGUUUCUUUUAUUAUGCCGCCCUGGACGUUACCGCCACA